AUGGCAAGAAGAUAUUGGAACAUUAAUUUGAAAGAGAUGAUAGAAGCAGGAGUUCAUUUUGGUCAUGGUAUUAAGAAAUGGAAUCCUAAAAUGGCCCCUUACAUUUUGGCAAAGCGCAAAGGUACUCAUAUUAUAAAUCUUGCUACAAGUCAGGGAAAAAGUUUCUUAAUUGUUGGUACCAAAAAAAGAGCAACAGAUUUAGUAGCAUCAGCUACAAUAAGGGCUCGUUGUCAUUAUAUUAAUGAAAAUUGGUUCAGUGAUGUGGCAAUCUUGAAGAGAAAAUUAUCUACUUUGCAAAGGUAUCUCAGCGGGAUCAAAUAUAUGACGAUAUUGCCAGACAUUGUGGUCGUCCUUGAUCAGGAAAAAGAGUAUAUAGCUCUUCAGGAAUGUGCCAUUUUGGGGAUUCCUACUAUUUCUUUAGUCGAUACAAAUUGUGACCCGGAUCUUGCGAAUAUAUCGAUUCCAGCCAACGAUGACACUAUGACUUCAAUUCGAUUGAUUCUUAAGAAAUUAGUAUUUUCAAUUUUUGAGGGCCGUUCUCUCUAUAUAAGAAAUCGUUGA